AUGCGACGGCGACACAACAUUACCCUAGCGACACUUGCUUGUCUCGGAACCGUAUACCUUGUCGCACAACACCGAUAUGGUUUCUCAUAUGCGCAUGGAGACGGGCACAUUGACGGGAUCGAGAUCCUGCCAUCUGACGGGCACCGUGUCUCCAACCAUGACGAUGCAUCCGCAAUCGGAGAGAAGGGCUUACUAGACGGUAUUCGGCCGUCCAGUUUAGCCAACGCACAUUCCGAUUCUGGCCUUCACCCGGAACCUUCCUUCGCAGGAGCCUCGCCACCGUUUAGUACGGAACACGUACCCGGAACGAAAUACAACUUUCAAGACGAACUCCAACUCGAGCUUCCCACUUCAGUACUCCAAAAGUACCUGGCACAGAAGCCUCGCAACUACAAUCCCAAUGGUCCGAGAGGAUAUGCGUAUGCAACUUUUCUCGCUACUCGCAAUCCUUCCUUGAAGGACCCAUAUUUCCUCGCCAUCCACUCGCUCAUCUACCGACUACUCUGGUCAUCCCGCACACGUAGUAAAAAGUACCCCUUCAUCGUCUUCGUAGCCGAAUAUGUCACAGAAGAGCAACGCGCACUCCUCAAAGGAGCUGGCGCCCUAGUCCGCGAGCUUCCACCUCUUCAUUGGGAGUGCAAUGUCGACGGCGUAGAAGACCGAUGGAAAGACCUCUUCGCCAAGCUCAACAUGUGGAAAGAGACGGAGUUUGAGCGCAUCCUGUUUCUGGACGCUGAUGCUUUUCCGCUGUCGAACAUGGACGAGAUGUUUGAGCUUGCGCCGAUACAGGAAUGCAUACCUGAGAAGCUGCAUCUCGAUGACUUCCUUGAGGACGGCCCGGUAUGCGAACCUUAUAUCUUCGCUGGCGUCGCGCAAGAUCUCGAUGCUAAGCACCCCAACAUCAAUGUCGGUUCAAUGGUCUUCACUCCUUCUUUGCGUAUGCACGCUCGCCUUCUCCAGAACUAUGUCAAGACCGACAAUUACAACUGUUUGAUGGCGGAGCAAGCAUUCCUGAACUGGCAGUUUGGUCCUGAGGGCGCAUAUCCCGGGACGAAGUUGGAAAGACAAUGGGGCGGUUUCUUCCCCACCGAGGGAGAGGGCGAUGGCUCGUUGAAGGUUGUGCAUGAGAAGCUUUGGGUCGCAGAACAUGGGUGGAUGAAGGACGAAUGGGAGAAAGUCUGGAAGGAUAUGAUUGCGUUCUACGAGAGUAAGAAUUUUGCGAAUGCGAGGAAGAGUGAUGGUGUACAUACUUCCGUUGCCUCUCCACUGGUCUCGCGUCCCGAAAAACGAGCUGCAAAGAUAGUCUGGGUCACACGCAAAAGAAAGUACUCUGAGUACGAUGGUCCACACAUUCCCAAUGACUACGCAACAAAGAAGGCGAAAGCGAGUGCCAAAACCAGUCAGUCUACAAAGAGCCCUGAAAAGACGCAUGUACCGUAUCCAACACCCUCUUUACUAGGCCUGCCAGGCGAACUGCGCAACCUCAUCUACACAUUCGCACUGACUGCUCCUUCCAAGCAACUAUCACCACUACCCACAUCUCGGUGGCGAGGGCUGCGCCAACCCCCAAAUAAACACAGCACCUACCCCCCCGCUGUCAACCAACUCAAACACGUAAAUCGCCAACUCUACACAGAAGCAGCUGACUUGGAACUCCGCUACAACACCGUCCAAGCCAAAUAUGCCUCGGAUCUCGAUCUGCUCCUCGCAGGCUGUACCCCGAAACAACGCGACUGGAUCAACUUCUCACUACACUACAAAAAACUGGAGGAUGCCAUACCUAUCUUGCAAAAACGCUGGAUCAGCCCGAUAAAAUGGGACGACCUCGUCUACAUAGCACGUUUCUGCCGGAAACACCCACACAUCCGUGUCGCUAUCACUUUCGCCGACUUCAAGUAUCCCGCCAGCUCAAAGGAGAAUCGUGAUCCGCUGGAGUACUUUCUCACAACCGCCAUGUACAUUUCCAUGGUGUAUAGGCGGAUAGAUCUUACGCAUCUGCUACCCAGGGCGAUGGCGGACAGGCCCAUGUAUGGCAUCACAGUGAGCGAUGUUAUACUAGAUAAUGGGGAGAAUUUUGGGAAGACGUGGCCGGUGCCGAAAGAGGCUGUGGAUGAGUUUGAGGCGGAGAAUAUGCGGUUUUUUCCGAGGUGGAAGGGUAGGAGAGAGGAUGUGGUGGAUAAAAUUGCCAAGGGGUGGGCGAAGGCGCAUCGAAGGGAAGGCGGGGCUGGGGAGGAUUGGAGAGAAAUUUGCGAGGCGGAAGUCAGACGGUGGUUUGAGGAGGGCAUCUAA